UUUUAUUUUGAAAAAUACAGUCCAGGAAAUACUUUGCUAUUCUUGGUUGCUACGUAAUGCUAGCUCGUUUUGUUGCCUGCAUCUUCCUAACCCGACUUAAGACUGGCAAACACAAGAAGCUGCAUUUACAUUGCUCACAAUAAGUCUGUAGUCCUGUUUCUGUUAAUUGUUUAAGUAAUGUAGGAUGGCGUCGUGUUUUGGGAAGAUUGUCGUUGGUACUUAUGUGGAGAUAAAGCGCAGUGAUGGGCGUAUCCACCAGGCAAUGGUGACCUCACUGAAUGAGGACAACGAGAGUGUCACAGUGGAGUGGAUAGAAAACGGAGACACAAAAGGCAAAGAGAUUGACUUGGAGAGUAUAUUUGCACUUAACCCAGAUGUGGCUCCAGAUGAGGAAAUUGCCCCUAGUCCAGAGACUCCACCCCCACCUACACCGACAUGUGUGAAGGUCAAUAAAAUUGCAAAGAACCGUCGGACGAUAGCACCUAGUAAGAAUGACACUCCGUCCAGGGAUAAUAGAGGGAUUCCGACCCGGGCCAGACAACCACAACCUCAACAACCAGAGCCUGCUCCGCCACCCCCGUCUCUGCAGCCUACACAGCUCACUCAAGCUCAGCAGCAACAACAACUGCAGAAUGAAUCCUCACAUCACCUGCUAUCCAGAAAGGAGUCUGGACAGCUUUCGCGGAGGAAGUCCAACUGCGUGAAGGAGGUGGAGAAACUGCAGGAGAAGAGAGAGAGGCGCCGGCUGCAGCAACAGGAGCUCAGGGAGAAGAGAGCUCAGGAGGUGGAUACCACCAUCCCUAACUAUGAGAUCAUGUAUAUGAUCCGAGAUUUCCGAGCCAGUCUAGACUACCGGCCCCUGACCACCGCAGAUCUGAUUGAAGAGCAUAGGAUAUGUGUUUGUGUGAGGAAACGUCCACUCAACAAGAAAGAGUUGUCCAUGAAGGAUUUGGAUGUGAUCACCAUCCCCAGUAAGGACGUAGUGAUGGUUCAUGAACCUAAACAAAAAGUGGACCUGACCCGCUACCUGGAGAACCAGACCUUCCGCUUUGACUACGCCUUUGAUGACAGCACCACCAAUGAGAUGGUUUACAGGUUCACUGCCAGACCUCUAGUGGAGACCAUUUUUGAGAGGGGCAUGGCCACUUGCUUUGCCUAUGGGCAGACAGGCAGUGGAAAAACACAUACUAUGGGUGGAGAUUUUUCGGGAAAGAACCAAGACUGCUCUAAAGGAAUUUAUGCAUUAGCUGCUCGGGAUGUAUUUCUCAUGUUGAAGAAACCCAACUACAAGAAGUUAGAUCUACAAGUGUAUGCAACAUUUUUUGAAAUCUACAGUGGAAAGGUGUUCGACUUGUUGAAUCGUAAAGCCAAGCUGAGGGUGCUGGAGGAUGGGAAACAGCAAGUGCAGGUUGUGGGGCUUCAGGAGAAGGACGUCAAGUGCACCGAGGAGGUCUUGAAACUCAUAGAAGUUGGCAACAGCUGCAGAACGUCAGGGCAGACAUCAGCCAACGCACACUCCUCUCGCAGCCACGCUGUUUUCCAGAUCAUUCUCCGGAGGAAGGGGAAGAUGCACGGAAAGUUCUCCCUCAUCGACCUUGCUGGUAAUGAGAGGGGGGCCGAUACAUCGAGUGCUGACCGCCAAACUCGUCUGGAGGGAGCUGAGAUCAACAAAAGCCUGCUGGCCCUGAAGGAGUGUAUCAGGGCUCUUGGCCGUAACAAGCCUCACACUCCAUUCAGAGCCAGUAAGCUCACCCAGGUCCUGAGGGACUCGUUCAUCGGGGAAAAUUCCCGCACAUGCAUGAUUGCUACAAUCUCUCCUGGUAUGACAUCCUGCGAGAAUACCCUCAACACACUACGCUACGCCAACAGAGUGAAGGAGUUCGGGAUUAGUCCGUCAGACAUCCCCUUCUCUCAGUGCGGUCAGGGGAGUCGCUCUGAGCACUCGCCCACCAAUACCUUUGAGUACGAUGACUUUGCUGAUACCUCUCCCAGCAGGGUGAAGGAGCUGACAGUGGACACCAACCAAGUCAUGGAGGGGGUUCGACCCACCAUCCCUGCUGUAGACCAGCUAGAUCUUUUGGACGAGGACUGGCUGAGUAUCUCGCCGCAGAGAGACGAUCUCAAACUGCUCUGUGAGCAGAAUGAGGAAGAAGUGUCUCCUCAGCUCUUUACCUUCCACGAGGCAGUGUCUCAGUUAGUGGAGAUGGAGGAGCAGGUCCUGGAGGACCACCGAGCUGUUUUUCAGGAGUCUAUCCGGUGGCUGGAAGAUGAGAAGGUGCUGCUGGAGAUGACAGAGGAAGUGGAUUAUGACGUGGAGUCGUACGCAACUCAACUGGAGCAGAUCCUCGACCAGAAGAUAGAUAUCCUCACUGAGCUCCGAGAUAAAGUGAAGUCAUUCCGCUCUACACUUCAAGAGGAAGAGCAAGCCAGUAAGCAGAUCAAUCCCAAGAGGCCACGUGCUCUUUAGAGGCUGAAGAGAUUUAAGUGGCACAUACUGAAGCAUAACCACUAGAUGUUUGGCACAACUUGGGCUGUCUCUAGCAGCUGUGAAAAUACGAAUAAAAGGACUGUCUGAUGUAUCAACAGGCUCAAGGUGCAUUUGUUAUGAUCCCUCUCCUUACAAAACUGGCUGUUCCCCACUAUGGUCUCAUUAGAAAACGUUGGAAGGAAAAUAGUUUUAUUUCCUUUGUGAAGAAUGUUUAGUCUGCCCUCUCUGUUCUCAUUAAAUUAUUUUCUUUUA